GCUGUGUUUAUAUUUUUUUUUCAGAUGGACCCUAAUAGAAUUUCAAAAGAAGAUGCACACUGUGUCAGAACAUUUCUAAGAGCUCAAGGAAGUAUGCAAGAGUCACCGUUUGAAAGUCAAGAAGCAAAGUUAAUGCCUGACUCAUGUGGAAGUAUGAAACAGGCUCUCCAAAACGCUGUGCGGAAUGAAGUACAGAAUGUCUUAAAAAGAGAACCACCAAGACCAGAAAAAGCUACAAUGCAAGGCUUAGGAAUGGAUCUAUACCAGAGAAGUAAACCUGAGAAGCAACCUUUUGCCCAUCUUAUUAUUGAUGAUAAGAAUAUUCCAUCUGGAACGCGCAAAGUGAACCUCACAUCUUGGCAUCAUAACAAGGGCCAGGCAAACUUAUCAAACAUGACAUUCCGUGAUGGAAAACUAACUGUUAAUCAGGAUGGAUUUUACUAUCUUUAUGCCAACAUUUGUUUUAGACAUCAUGAAACGUCAGGAAACCUGACUAAAAGAGGGCUUCAGCUAAUGGUGUAUAUGACAAAGACAAACCUUAAAAUAAGACGCUCUGAUGUCUUGAUGAAGGGAGGAAGCACCAAAUACUGGUCGGGGAAUUCAGAAUUUCACUUUUACUCUGUAAACAUAGGAGGUUUUUUUAAGUUAAAAACUGGUGAAGUGAUAAGUAUCCAGGUAUCCAACCCAUUGCUCUUGGAUUCCUCCCAGGAAGCAACUUAUUUUGGGGCAUUUAAAGUAAGAGAUUUAGACUGAAUCCUUCAGUCUUUAAUGUGUAGUAAUAUUUUUACCCUGGAACUUCU